AUGACUAUAUAUCAACAAAAAAGAAGCUUGUUACUGGACUCUUCUAGAAAAGAUGGAGGAGGAGGAAGAGGAGGCAAAGGCGCCGCAUCAUCAUCUUCAGCAGCAGCAUCUUCAUCACCUGGUGGUCUUAUACCUACAAAUUUAGUUUUGGUAUCUACAUUAGAUGGCUCUAUUCGCGGCAUAGACCGUUUUCAAGGCGAUGUCCAUUGGACACUAAAAGGUGGGCCAGGAAGUUCUCUCAUCAAGUCCAACUCAAAUUUCGAAACACACAAAUUGUACAAACCGGGACCAACCUCUGUGGAUCGUCGAGACAGUAGUGGUGGCAGCUCUGACGAAGAAGAUACGGAUAGACUAUUUCUGGACACUUUCAACGAUAUUUUAACUGAUGGAGAUGAUUCAGACGACUACAACGAUGACCCAGAAUUCAAUCUGCAAGAUCACUGGGAUGAUUCUGACGAUGCUGAAGACCCAGACAUUUACUACAUUAUUGAGCCUCAAGAUGGAGGCACUCUGUACAUCUAUGGAGAUGGAAGGCCUUUGGAGAAAUUACCAUUUUCAGUUGAAGAGAUUGUUACCAAUUCGCCCUUCCGCACACCAGAUGGCACAACUUACAUUGGCAGAAAGAGCACAUUGAUGAUUGAAAUCGACCCAAGAAAUGGAAGAAUCCUGCAGCAAAUCGAUCUCAACAAAGUAGAUAAUCAAUAUCGCAUGGCAACUCAAAGUCAAUAUCCUGCUAGAACAAUUUUCCUCGGUAGAAAUGAGUAUAAAGUUGCAAUUUAUGACGAUCACUAUAAAAAGCUAUGGAAUGUCACCUAUAGCGAAUAUAUACCCAACAAACUGGAUUGGGAUGUCCCCACAAGCACAGUUCCAUCAGACAUCUAUGUUGCUCCUGACGCCACUCAAGCAAUCACUGGCAUCAACGUCCAAAACGGCAAUUUAAUGUGGACAAGAGACCUGCCUUAUCCUGUAGUCAGUGUAUUUGAUGUUUAUCGACGAGAGGAUUACACCUUUGCAGUGUCAAAGCAAGAUCCUCCAAAGUCACUCACCAAGGGCGCUGUGGGCAACAUGCUGAGCCUGAUGUUUAGAAAGCACGAAAUUGCAACUGCGUAUGUUGGUGUUCACGAUGGUAGUCUGUUCGCGCUCUCCACCAAAAAGUACCCACUGGUUCAAAUCUCACCUUGGGCUUCCAUGUACACUGGUCGCCGUCCUGGGGACACUAGCUCAGACCAUCCCAGUCGCAUGAUUGAAGGCAGUAAAGGUAACGAUCCCAACGCCAGCGAUUUUGAGUGGACGCAGAAGCCGCAUGAAAUGUGCUGCCAUGGCUGUGAAUAUCAUAUCGAUUGUCUCGUUGGCCAGCAUGUGGUUCAAUCUAUUAUUGAUGAUGUCGACGACGAAGACCACCCGUUAUACCAAUAUUCGAAACUCUAUCUGCCUACUGCUUCCUCCACCUCGUCAUCCUCAUCCUCAUCGCCUUCAGCUACCACAUUGCCUUCCAUUCCUAGAUAUCAUCGCUUAGAAGACAUGGAGAAUUAUGAUGAUGAUGACGAUGAUGAACGAAGAAAGAAAGGGUUUUUCCACGAAGGAUUUGGCAAGUUCUGGAAAAGCUAUGUCUUGGUGUCCUCUGUCAUUGUGUAUGUCUAUCGGGAUCGUGUGCAAACCUUUUAUCAAGUCAAAGUGCUGCCUCGCUGGAAGAAGCUACUCAAAAAGCGUGCCAAGGAGAAGCGCACAAGAGCCCGUAUUGCUGCUGCUGCAUUAGCCGAGAAGGAAAAGAUCAGCCGGGAACGGGCAGACUCACUGAACUCGCUGGAGAGUUUUGACGCGGACAAAUUCAUCAGAGAAAAGAUGGACGAAGAACGAAAGCAACUGGAAGCUGUGGCCUCAGCUAUUGCGGCGCAAAGAGUAAGAGAAGAAGAAGAGCAAAGAAAGAAGAAGGAAAAAGAGGAAGCAGAAGAGAGGGAGAAGAAUGAAAGGCUGGCAAAAGCAUCAAAGCAAGUUGUUGUUGUAAAGAAGUCGUCCACUGGUUUGGACCUAGAAAGCUUUAAACAAUCAAAGUCCAGAGUGUUGGAGAUUUCUGACAAAGUUCUCGGCUACGGAAGUCAUGGCACCGUUGUAUAUAAAGGCAUGUUUGAUGGCCGAGAUGUUGCAGUCAAAAGGCUCUUGUUGGAUUUCUACGAUGUUGCGCUCAAAGAGGUGAAACUACUGCAAGAAAGCGACGAUCAUCCCAACGUGGUACGCUACUUUUACAAGGAGGAAUCCGAUAGAUUCUUGUACAUUGCACUGGAGCUCUGCUUUGGCUCGUUAAAUGACUACAUGGAACGAACACUACCUAUACCCGAAAUGCAACAGUGCGACACAAUGAACCCUGCCAACAUCCUGUCACAAUUCACCUGUGGUCUUCAAUACCUUCACUCUCUCAAAAUUGUCCACAGAGACAUCAAGCCCCACAACAUCUUGCUGGCGCCCAGCAAAAAUCGAUUCAUGAAGGAUGCGCCUCAGAUGCGCGUCUUGAUAUCUGAUUUUGGUCUUUGCAAGAAGCUGGAUGGAGAACAAAGCAGCUUCAACUAUACAGCGGCAUCACCAGCAGGAACAUCUGGCUGGAGAGCGCCUGAACUGCUGGCUGGUGCACUGGCAGCAACUUCAUCCGACACUAGUUUCAGCAGCACAAGGGACUCAUCUUCAACAGAUCCCAAUACAAUGAUGGGCCGCGUAAAAGCUACAAGAGCUAUUGAUAUUUUUUCAACUGGUUGCGUAUUUUAUUAUGUGCUGAGUAGUGGUGACCAUCCGUUUGGUAAUCGCUUUGGCCGUGAAAACAACAUCUUGAAUGGCCAUUAUGAUCUGAGCAAGCUGGAUUCCAUGGGCGAAGAUGGCAUUGAGGCAAAGGACUUGGUGGAGAGAAUGAUAUCUACUGAACCCAAGCAAAGACCUAAUUGCGAUACUAUACUUUCACACCCCUUCUUUUGGUCUACCUCAAAGCGACUAGCCUUCUUGCAAGAUGCGUCUGAUAGAUUUGAAAUUGAAGAGCGUGAUCCACCCUCACCCUUACUGCAAACGCUGGAGUCGGAUGCAUCUACUGUCAUUGGUGUUGACUGGUACAAGCGCAUUGACCGUGUGGUUGCUAAUGAUCUGGGUAAAUUUAGAAAAUACGACGGCAAGCGAGUCCGUGAUUUACUGAGAGCCUUGAGAAAUAAGAAACACCACUGGCAAGACUUACCAGACCCAGUAAAGAAAGUAUACGGUGAACCACCCGACCAAUUCUUGUAUUAUUUUACUACCAGAUUCCCUCAUCUCCUUUUACAUACCUACUAUGUUGUCGCAAGCCAUCCUAAUCUCAAGAAGGAAGGCUCACUUGGACAAUACUUUUAA